AUGAAGACAUCACUUCUCUCAGCGGGCCUCGCCCUCAUCGCCUCUGCGGCAGCGUAUCCACAGUUCAUGGACUUGAAGAACUUGGACUUGAAGAACUUGGGCUUCGAAAGCAACAGCAAUAGCAACAGCAACACGAACCCGAACACCCAGAGUAGCUGGCAGCCCAAGGAGUGGAUCGCACCGGGAUCGGACGAUUCACGCGGACCCUGUCCUGGCCUGAACACCCUAGCAAACCACGGCUACCUCCCCCGCAACGGCAAGGGCAUUACGCUGAAGAUCCUGGAGGACGGCAUGCUGGAGGGCUUCAACAUCGAGCACGCCGACGCAGUCCUCCUAUUCUUCCAGGCUAUCCGGACCAGCCCGAUCCCGUUCAACGACCGCUUCGACCUGGCGGACCUCGGUCGGCAUGGGAUCCUGGAGCACGAUAUCAGUUUGAGUCGCUCCGAUGCCUACUUCGCCGACCCCAAGCCCUUCAACGAGACCGUCUGGGCCGAGACGAUGUCGUACUUCACUACCCCCAUGAUCUCCGUCGAGCAGCUUGCAAAGGCUCGCAUGGGCCGGCUGGCAACGUCCAAGAAGACGAAUCCUGACUUUGAGCUGUCGUGGUUGGCGGACGGGUUCAGCUGGGGAGAAUGUGCGUCGUUCUUUGAGAUCAUGGCGGAUGGGACGACGGGGACGGUCAGGAAGGAGUAUAUUGACUAUUGGUUUCGCAACGAGCGAAUGCCGACGGAGCUGGGCUGGCAGCGACGCAAUGUGACGAUGAAGAGCGCCGAGCGGAUGAAGUACAGCGGGCUCCUGAUGAAGGCUGCCGGCGUCACGAAGCGAGAUGUGGCCUCGGAUGCGUAUGGGUAUCCGCUCCACUGA